UUUCCGUCUUUAGCCGUUUGCUUCAUUUUGUAGCGUCGGCCAUUCCACAUGAAGCGUGAACGUUAAUGUAAAAUAUUUCUUUAAAAAAAUAGCCAGCUAUAUAUUAUACCCUGUAAUAGCUAUUAUUUAGCUGUUUUUGUCCAUUUAUUUAAAGUGCAGAUGGUUGAAAAAUUACCAAGAAUGUAGCUAUUGUCCUCUGAAGAACGCAGGUCGACGUUAGCUGGUAGCUUUUGUUAGCACGUUUGGGCCGACUGUAUGUAACCUCGUGAUACGGGUUUGUUUUGCAAUGUAUCCGUCCUGGGGAAACUACGGUGCCCCUCCGUCGCAGAACUAUGGAGGGUCCGGGCCUCGUCAACAUCCAGUGGGCAGUCAUGCAGGCCAAGCUGGGGGGUACGGUGGCUUCGAGGCCGCCUCCGGCAGCUCGCUGUUCUCCAGCCUCGAGGAGCAGCACCGCCAACAAAUGGAGCAGCUUCAGAUGCUGCACAAAAAGCAGCUACAGUCUGUGUUACAUCACGGUAAUAAUGACCCUGCGUUCAGUGGCGGACCCCCAGGUGGGUUUCCGGCCUCAUCGUCAUGGCAUUCAGAAAGUACUGGACACGUCGAGGACGGGGGUGUUCAGUCGUACUUAAAUCAAGAAAACACCCCGGCUCAAAUGCAUAAGAUUCGCCUCGCGGCUCCCAAUCAGGGACCCCAACACCAUCAUCAUCCUCCUCCUCCCCCUCCUCAGCAACCUGCGGAUUGUCAGCCGGUUCCUCCACCUCCUCCACCUCCAGAGCCACAGCCACCAGAAAACAGCGAGCCUCCCAAAGCUCAAGAGGCCAUCAACAUGUAUUCAGCAUCUACUACUGACAACAAAGCUUUGCAGGACCAGCAACACGUUUGGUACAAGCAACAUCUUGAGAAUCUACAGAAACUGAAGCAAGAGAAGGGCAAACUGAAUCAGGACCUGGGUGAUGCUUCUAUGCCACCACCUCCACCCAUGAGUCAAAUAGCUCAGCCUCCUCUUCCUCCCUCAGAACCACCACAAAGCGCACCACCUCCUCCACCUCCGACAGAAGAACCUUCUGUGCCCCCUCCACCACCACCUAGUGAGAAUGUAGGAAACCCACCUACAUUUAAAGAAACACCGGAUGUCCCACAAAACUCUGAAGAAGCUGCCCGUCUCCAGCAGUUACAAGCUGCAGCAGCUCAGUGGCAGCAGGUGCAGCAGCAGAGAGCAAGUCUACAAUACCAGGCUCUCAUGCAACAACACGAGAAGCUUCAGCAGGUUCUUGAACAAUACCAACAACUGAUUAAACAACCUCCAGACCUACAGUCAAUGUCUGCUGAAUUGCAGCUGAGACACUAUGGAAUGCAACAGCAACAGUUCAACUCUUUAUUCCAAACUUGGGUUGCAUCCUUUGCCUUAUGGUAUGAGCAGUUUCAGACUUAUCCACACAAAGACCAACUACAGGAAUAUGAGCACCAAUGGAGGCAGUGGCAAGAGCAGAUGAACGCUACCAAUGCCCAUCUUCAAGAAAGAGUGGCCACUCUUACUGCCAUAGUACCGUUUUCUAUGAUGGCACAGAUUGGUCAAUUCCCUGCACAAGAAAUCCAUCAACAACCUUUAAAUCCAGGUAUUCAGAAUCCCCCAGUUACUGUUGGUACAAUACCUCCAGGUCAAGAAUCACCUGCUGGAUCCACUUUGCAAGGAAAUGUUUCUUCUGGUGUCGGAGUGAAGCCUCCUGGUCCCCCACCUGGGCAGCCAUCUAGUUUCAGUGAUGCCACACAGCCAGGACAAACCAUAUUCAACCCCCCACUACCAGGUCUUGAUGGUCCUCCAAGGUUUGACAAUCCACCACCUAGUUUUGAUGGUCCUCCAAGGUUUGACAAGCCACCACCUAGUUUUGAUGGUCCCCCAAGUUUUGACAAGCCACCACCUAGUUUUGAUGGUCCCCCAAGUUUUGACAAGCCACCACCUAGUUUUGAUGGCCCUCCAAGGUUUGACAAGCCACCACCAGGUUUUGAUGGUCCCCCAAGUUUUGACAAGCCACCACCAAGAUUUGAUGUUCCUCCAAGAUUUAACCAACCUCCACCACAUUUUGAUAGUUCUCAAAGGUUUAACCAACCACAGCAGCGUUUUGAUGGUCCCCCUCCAUUUGACCAUCUACGACAACGCUUUGAUGGGCCACCCAGAUUUAAUCCACCACAAACACGCUUUAAUAGGCCACCCAGAUUUGACCAGCCACGGCAGCGCUUUGAUGCCCCUCCCAGAUAUGACCAACCUCGAUUUGGGCAGCAGUCCAAGUUUGAAUCAGCAAGGCCUCUCGGCCCUUCAGCUCGUCUAGAUUCUCCACCAGCAUUUCAGCAGAAACAGCUGCAAGGUCCCCAAUCAAAGUCAGAGACAGCCACUGAGCAACCUGUCAGUAUGGAUUCCAAGACUCCAUCAAAACCACCUGAUCAGCCACACUCUGACAAAGACAAAGAACAACAACACUUUGAUGGGCCACCCAGAUUUGAUUCACCACAAACACGCUUUGAUGGGCUAUCCAAGUUUGACCAACCGCGUUUUGCCCCUUCCAGAUUUGACCAACCUCGAUUUGGACUGCAACCCAGGUUUGAAUCCUCAAGGCCCCUCAGCCCUUCGGCUUGUUUGGAAUCCCCACAAGUACUUCAGCAAAAACAGCAGCAUGGUCCCCAGCCCAAGUCGGAGACAACCAUUAAGCAAGUUUCCAGUAUGAAUUCUAAGACUCCAAUAAAACCAUCUGAUCAGCCACAAUUGGAAAAAGACAAAAAAAUAACAAAACCGGUUAAAGCCUCUGUUGAAAACUUGGCAGAUGACAGCUUGCUUGGAGCUGAAGACUUUUUUGUUCAAAACGAUCCCAUUCCUCAAACACUUUCUACUAGCACUGAGCCUCAAAAUACAGAUGACAAAAAUGAUAGUGGAAAGGAUGAACUUAUUAGUAGUGAGCCUUCUGUAACUACUGAUUUUGGUCCAGUGUCAAAAAGUCCUGCAAAAGAUUCUUUUAAAGCAGUUGGACAAUUGACAAACAGUAAUCCACCACAGAUUCAACACACUUCAGAAAAUAAACAAGAGCCACAAGGUUCUGAAAAAAUGCUAUCAAACCCAGAGCCUCUAAAUUCCCCUAUUGGUAGGGGACUAGGCCAGCCCCCAAUGCAUGGGCUUGGCCAGACAGAGCCUGGACAGUUUAAGGGACCAAAUUCCAUGCAAGCUGGAGAGCAGAUGGGAGAAAUGCCAUAUGAAUACAUGCCACCUCGAGAGAACAUGGAGGUCCAAGGGGAGCAAGAAAACUAUCAGUGGCAAGAUUCUUCAAAUGAAGAAUUUGGUGGUGAUGAAUCAGGGGUGCCUCCUGAAGAAACAUGGGUGCCAGAAGAACAUUACUUUCAAGAGGACGAAUAUUUUGAAGAACCAAUAGGACCCCAAAUGGGACGAGGUAGACCUCCAAUGAGAGGCAGACCUUUAAGGGGUAGAGGUGGGCCUCCGAUGGGAAGAGGAGGACCUCCCAUGGGAAGAGGAGGGCCUCCCAUGGGAAGAGGAGGGCCUCCCAUGGGCAGAGAAGGGCCUCCCAUGGGCAGAGGAGGGCCUCCCAUGGGCAGAGGAGGGCCUCCCAUGGGCAGAGGAGGGCCUCCCAUGGGCAGAGGAGGGCCUCCCAUGGGCAGAGGAGGGCCUCCCAUGGGCAGAGGGGGACCACCAAUGGGCAGAGGGGGACUACCCAUGGGAAGAGGGGGACCACCAAUGGGCAGAGGGGGACCACCUAUGUGGAGAGGAGGUCCACCAAUGGGGAGAGGAGGUCCACCAAUGGGGAGAGGGGACCCAAUGGAGAGGUCCUGGGAAGACACUGAGUCAGCUGAAUUCUAUGAAGAUAGCUACCAUUGCUGGGAAGAAUGGGGACCUCCGAUGAGAGGUAUGAGACCCCCGUUUCCACCUGGUCGGGGUCGUCCCCCUCUGGGUCACCCUGGUUAUAUGCCUCCAGGACGAGGACGCCCACCUCACCCACUACAUGGGAAAACAGACCUUGAGCCAUUAGGCCAUGAGAUGGAGUCUGAUGAUAUGGACUUGGAUCCUUCAGUGUACAAUGACAAUGACCCAUAUGGCCAUCCAUUGCAUCCUGAAAUAGAAAGAGGCAGGCGAUGUGUACCGCCAGCACCUCAUGAACUGAUGGAAGAACCAUUGUAUGAUGAAGCAGGGGAGGAAGGAUGGUGUCCACCACCAGGGAGAGAUCCUCCAUUGCAUUCACAUGAAAUGAUGGAUAGAGGAGGAAUAAGGAGAAGACCUGUGGGACGAGGGAUGGCAAGGGGAAUGUGGCGUCCAGGUCUAGAACAUGACAGAUAUGAAGAAGAGUACACUGAGGGUUACACUGUGGAUUAUGAACAUGGGAGAGAUGCAUACCGUUUACGUUCAAUUGAAGAUCGUCCUCCUGAUGACUUUCGCCACAAAUCACCCUAUGAAUCUGUGUGGGACAGAGAGCGAGUGCUUCCUGAGGAAGACUAUCCUCCCCGCAUGCUACCACCAGAACAUGUCAGAGAUGAACGUUGGCAUCAGGAAACGGAGAGAGAUCGCCCAUAUCCAUAUGAUGACACCGCCAGGUCAAGUGGAGAGCUUAGAAUUCGCGAGUACAGGGAUGAGUCGCCAUAUAGACAGUUGUCAAACUUGGAUAGGCUUUCUCCACCACCUGAGAGAGGUUAUCUUAACUAUGACGAUCGUAGACCUCACUAUGAUGAACGUCAAGAAGAUUCAUUAGUGGAUAUGCCUCCACACACUGUUGGAUCUACUUCAGACGUGCCUGGAAGCUCAGCUGAGACAGAAACCCAAGGAACAAGCAAGGCAAAUGUACUUGCACUCUCUCAACGUCAGCAUGAGAUUAUCUUAAAAGCUGCUCAAGAGCUUAAACAAAUAAGGACACGAGUCAUGACUCACGGGGAGAGGGGGAACACCCCCUUCCAUUCUCUCUCGCAGGAAUUGCAACAGACAACCCCUACUGCUGAACUGCCAACUAAACCCGGUGAAACUCUGCCAGAGCUCCCUGUAGGUCUCCUGGGUUUAGAGAUCCCACCAGAUGUCAGGAAUGCUCUGAAGGGUAUAAGUGCUGCAGCACAAACAACUGCUACUGAUCAAGCAUCUUGGGAAAGCAAAUCUGCUUCAUCUCUCGCUUCAAACCCUCCGUUGAUUUCUAAGACUGUUGAUUAUGGACAUAGGCAUGAUCAUGGGGCUACUGUGGAGCGCAUCUCUUACGGUGAGAGAAUAGUGUUGAGGCCUGACCCAUUGCCAUCAGACAGAGGCUAUGACACAGACAUGCUGGCUCUCAGGGAUCCUUACAACAGAGACCCUUAUUAUGAAAGACGAUCGGACCCCUAUUUGGAUCGUCGGGAGUACAGCAGAGAAAGGGAGUUGUACAGAGAAAAGCCUCCUGAAUAUGAAAGAGACAGAUACGAGAGGGAGCAUUAUCAUUCACGAGAAAGAGAUGACAGGUCUCCACUGCGAUCAGGAUUCAGGGACAGAGACAAGGAGCGAAGUGGCAGUCGUGAUGCAGAUGAACGUUAUGUACGACCUGGCUACGACAGACCUUCCUAUGAACGCCCCGGACUUGAUCGAGCGGACAGAAGAGGUUACCCAGAGGACCGAGGGCCUCAAUCUGCAGCACCGCCGCCAGCACCUGCAAAAACCGAGAAGAAGCCUGAAAUUAAAAAUAUUGACGAUAUCCUCAAACCACCUGGAAGAGUAUCUCGACCUGAGAGGAUUGUCAUCAUAAUGAGAGGCCUUCCUGGAAGUGGAAAAAGCCACGUCGCAAAGCUCAUAAGAGACAAAGAAGUUGAAUGUGGCGGUGCACCUCCAAGAGUUCUCGUUUUGGAUGAUUAUUUCAUGACCGAGGUUGAGAAAGUUCAAAAAGACCCAGACACUGGGAAGAGGGUGAAAACAAAGGUCCUUGAGUACGAGUAUGAGCCAGAGUUGGAGGAUACCUACCGGAUCAGCAUGCUGAAAACAUUUAGGAAAACUCUGGAUGACGGCUUCUUCCCCUUCAUUAUUUUAGACACUAUUAAUGACAGGGUUAAACAUUUUGAACAGUUCUGGAGCGCAGCCAAAACUAAAGGCUUUGAGGUGUAUGUGGCUGAAGUCACAGCAGAUACUCAAACAUGUGCAAAGAAGAAUGUCCAUGGACGCACCCUGAAGGACAUAUCAAAGAUGUCCAAAAACUGGGAGUCUUCACCUCGUCAUAUGGUGCGCUUGGAUGUCCGGUCCCUGCUUCAGGAUGCUGCUAUAGAAGAGGUUGAAAUGGAGGAUUUCAACCCUGAAGAUGAGCCCCAGAUACCCAAGAGGGAAGAGGAAGAAGAGAGUGAUCUGGGCUAUAUUCCAAAAAGCAAAUGGGAGAUGGACACGUCUGAAGCCAAACUUGACAAGUUGGACGGUCUGAUGAUUGGCGGGAAGAGGAAACGUGAAGGUGACCACCUGUCAGGCUUAGAGGACUUCUUCCAGCUGCCUGACGACUACGCCACACGCACGUCUGAACCCGGAAAGAAACGGGUUCGAUGGGCUGACCUGGAAGAGAAAAAAGAUGCAGAGCGAAAGCGCGCGAUUGGUUUUGUGGUGGGUCAAACGGACUGGGAAAAGAUCACAGAUGAGAGCGGCCAGCUGGCACAAAGAGCUCUCAACCGAACAAAGUAUUUCUAAGAAGAUCAUCUGUACCUUUGCUUUGGUUUAUAAAGACGGUGUCCAGAAUGUGAACAAGCUGCAUCUUUCUGAUUGUGAAGCAGACGUCGAGGCGGUUUUCCCAACAGUUAUCAGUUUUUAGUCUGUUUGCUAAGAUCAGUUUAAGAAAUUCUUUUUCCCC